ACGUGGAGGGUCAGGUGUUGGCCGCCGGUCUCAUUCAGAUGCUCCCGUAGUUACCUUGUGAUAUCUGUGUCAGUAUGACCACUCGGCUCCCUCGACAAAGAAUGAGGACAUCAUGGAGAAAAUAGGCAAAUAUGAGGAUGACGUCAGGUGUUACUGACGAAAGCAGAGAAUAUGAAGCCUUCUUCAGCAUGACCAUAAUGCAGCGUCUACACUAUAUCAAUUACGACGACUGGAGUAAGCUGCUUAUGAAAGGACCGACAGAGAACCUACAACCAAACCCCCACCCCUCAGUCCGCUGCCCCCUCUGGAGGAUAAACUGUUCCUUUUCCAAGAUCUACUUACAUCCCGCAAUUAAUCCCACCCUCACCUUUAAGGAAUAACUACAAAAUAUACAAACAAUGGCAGUUUUAAAGGUAAAGUUUACUAAGACCAGGAGGGACAAGCUGGCCCAGAUCCUGUGGAUCCUCAACUGGAUCUCAGUGGUCACAGGGGUCAUCCUGUUCAGCCUGGGGCUCUUCCUCAAGGUGGAGCUCAAAAAGCGUGAAGACCUGAUGGCAGAGAAGGACAUCCAGUAUGUUCCCAACAUGUUGAUAGCUGUGGGCCUCAUUGCUUGUGCAAUCAAUUUCCUGGGUGGGAAGAUCUGCUAUGACUGUGUGGACUCCAGUAAGUUUUUGCGCUGGAAGCUGAUCAUGCUGCCCUACAUUGUGUGCACCUUCUUUUUCACCCUGUGCGUGCUUGUGGGGGCUCUGAUGUGCUACAGCAUGCACUGGGAGCUGGAGGAAGCUCUGAACCUGGGCCUGAUGCAGGCUAUGAGGUUCUAUAAGGACACGGACAUGCCAGGACGCUGCUUCCUGAAACACACUGUGGACACACUGCAGAUACAGUUCCAGUGCUGUGGAAACAGCGGCUACAAAGACUGGUUUCACAUUCAGUGGAUAAGCCACCGUUACUUGGACAUGUCCAAAAAGGAAGUCGUAGAUCGACUGAGAAGUAAUGUAGAGGGGAAGUACCUGAUGGAUGGAGUCCCAUUCAGCUGCUGCAAUAUCAACUCACCUCGGCCCUGCAUCCAGCAGCAGAUUACCAACAACUCGGCCCAUUUCAACUAUGAGCAUCAAACCGAGGACCAGAACCUGUGGAUGAAAGGCUGCCGACAGGCACUGCUGGAGUACUACACCCACAUUAUGCAGUCCAUUGGCCUUACAGUCCUCAUUACCUGGCUCUUUGAGCUGUCAGUGCUGACGGGUGUUCGUUACCUCCAGACCUCCUUGGAAAACGUGCUGAGGCAGGGAGACCCUGACUCCGAAUCUGACGGUUGGCUGCUGGAAAACAGCCUCAUGGAAACGGCCCGCACCAACCUGAGCAUCAUAAAGAGCCUCGGCAAGAGCAACCAAAUAAACACAGCCAACAAUGGUGACCCCAACAUUGAUGUCCCAUCCACCUCGAAGGCACAUUAUGGGCCAGACAAUGUUCCCCCAAAGGAGAAGAUGGAAACGAGCUAAACAUUUCAGACUUAAAGACCAUACUGAAAAAUAUCUCCAGUCCUCUGAGCUGUUGUUCUGCUCUCAGCAGAGGUCUUAAGAUAACUUAUUGUCUACCUUUUUUUAAGAUCUGUUAAUGGUGUUAUAUAUUAUAUUAUUUAUGUCAGGAUAUGAUCAUUUUACUAGUCAACUACUAAUUUACUUGUCACCAUGUUGGAUUCUUUUGGUGACAAAAAAAAUGGAGUGAAAAGGUUUGCCAUAAACAAAGACUGACACUAUGUCAACUUAACAGAAUAACUUGUCAGUGAAAGUGGCCUUGCCAUAAAUAAUGUUUAAUCAUGCAUGUUUUAUAAAAAUCCAAACUUUUGGAUGCAAUGGUGAAGUAAAGUACUAAAUCUGUAAACAUGUCUAAUAGUUGUGCUACAGGGAAAUGUUUGGCUGAUUACUUUUUUACAUGCUUAGUGUUAAACCAGUGUUUGGGUAGAAGAUCUGUUCUACGCAUUCUAUAGAUGACUCA